AUGCCGUCUAUAUGGGGGUAUAUUUUCGGCCCUCGGCUCUACGGAAUUUUCGCAGAACCUGAUCGUCAAGAAUCGAAUCUCGAAACUCUUGGAAAUACAGUUAUUUCAUUCUCUUCAGGUAUGAAUGUACGCGAGGUUUUGUUUUUGAAAAUAUUACAUUUAGGACUCUAUUAUGUUGCAACUUCUCUCGCAUUCGGACCUCUCAUUGUUAUCUACUUGUAUGGAAGAGACUGGCUUACUCCUGUUGGAGCCAUGACGAUUUUGAAAUAUGCCGUGUGGAUGACGAUGAUUGGUUUUGGAGCCAGAGCGUUUGGAAGAUAUUUCGAUGAAACAUAUUCCAGAUUUCUUGAUAUUUGGCAAAAUGAGAGUAAUAAGAAAGAUGAUAAUAAUCACACAGCUUUGAAAAAAUACGACUUUGAGCUGUUGAAUGUGACACCUGAUUAUGAAGCUCGCUCAAACCCAGAAUUAUGGCAUUUGAUCCCCGAUGCAUCAGAUGCCGGAACAUUCACUCGUGGACUUGCUAGCUGGGCAGUCCAUGCUUUUGGAAGACACCUUAUUUAUCCGGGAUCAGUUUCCUUCCUAAAGUAUAUAAUGAGAUCUAGUCUUAACAAUGCUAGGAAGCUUAUGGUUCAAAACAAGGAAGGAAAGCGUGUUUGGAUCAAAACAUCUGAAGGAGACGUUAUCGAUGCGAUGUUUAUCCGAGGAAAUGCAAAUUUGUCCCAAAAUUUGGUAUUGUGCUUUGAAGGAAAUGCAGGAUUUUACGAGAUUGGAGUUAUGCAUGCACCAGCUCAGUUGGGAUACACUACACUCGGCUUCAACAUUCCAGGCUUCGGCGAGAGCACAGGGCUCCCAUACGCUAAAAAAACUUUGGCUGCUGCGGACGCUGUCAUGCAGUACUCAAUCGAGGUUCUUGGAUACCGCCCUGAAAACAUUGUUCUUUUUGGAUGGUCGAUUGGAGGAUUUCCUGUUGCUUGGCUGGCUUCCAACUAUCGAAAUGUGAAAGCGGUUGUUCUGGAUGCCACCUUCGAUGACUUGCUGCCAUUGGCUCUGUUCCGAAUGCCCGGAUUCUUCGCAUCAGUUGUGGAGUUCGCCAUUCGAAAUCACAUGAAUCUUCAAGUGGACAAACUCGUAAUACUUUCGCAAUUAAACAACGAAAUGAACCGUUUUUUCCAGCUUACUCGUUAUAAAGGUCCCAUUCGCCUUAUUCGUCGUCUCCAAGAAGAAAUUUUGACAACUUCAGCCGAUGACCAACCUGAAAGUAUUCGUAGAUCAACUAACAGAAUCAACUGGCUUCUGAAAUCAAUAAUCAGAGACCGUCAUUCUGAGCUCAUUCGCAAUUUGGAGCCUCAAGUUGACAGAUGGCUUGAUAUGUCUCCAGCUGAACGUCUGAUGCAAACCGGAGUCAGUCUUCGCGAAGAAUCGCAGCAGAGAAAACGAUUAUUCGAUGCUUGCAGUCACUACCUUGUUGAUUUCGACGCGAAUCAUGUCACACCACUCGAUCCUCAGUACUUCAACAUUCCAGAAGGCCGUGAUACUUUUUAA